AUGCCUGAGAUGGGCUCAUGUAAAGAGCCGAAGUAUCAGGCGUGGCUAAAGCGGUUAAUUCCGAAGUGUUUACGCCACAAUCAGAAGGAUGAAGUGCCGCGGGAUGCCCAGCUUAUAUGUGCGGUUAAUGUACCUAAACUGUGCAGUAAAUGUGUCCAAGGCUGGUCCAACUCUAUUAUGACCAGCAAAUAUACUUUUCUUACGUUUCUGCCGAAGAACUUGUGGUACCAGUUCCACGUCUUCUCCAACGUCUACUUCCUGUGCAUGGCAAUGUUGCAGCUAGUCCCGGCAAUCUCUGAUUCUAAUGGUAAGCCGACUAUGCUCACACCUCUAGCAUUGGUGUUGGGUGUAACGGCUUUGAAGGAUGCUAUUGAAGACUAUCGGAGGCAUAGGUCCGAUGCUGUUGAGAAUUCGAGAAUGACGGUAAGGUUGAAUGCUGCUACUGGAGAGUUGGAGAAAGUGCCGUGGUCAAGUUUGGUCGUUGGUGAUGUGAUCAGGCUUCGGAAGGGUGAUGGAGCUCCUGCUGAUAUAGUCUUGCUAUCAAGCUCUGAUGGUACUGGCACUGUGUAUGUCGAAACCAAGGACCUCGAUGGUGAGACUAACCUCAAGGCUAAGGUCUGUCUUGAGGAAACGCAGUUGUUGGAUGUUCGGAAGAUGAAUGCCGCGUCAUCGGACCGUGUUGACGAUCAUCUCUGUGUUCGUAUCACCUACGAACAGCCGACUGCGUCGCUCUAUUCUUUCACUGGGUCGAUCGUCCUCAACAAUGCGGCUCCUCUGGCACUUUCGGCAGACCAACUGGUUCUUCGUGGGUCGAGUAUUAGGACGACGAAGUAUGCCUGGGGGGUUGUAGUAUACACCGGUCACAACACCAGGUUGAUGGUGAACUCUGCGGCCUCCGCCUCAGGAAGGUAUAAAAUGUCGAAGCUGAUGAAGAUGUAUAAUACACAUAUUUUGCAGCUGUUCGCACUGCAAAUGUUCUUCUGUGUGAUAUCAGCGGUCUCCUAUGCUCUAUGGAGUAAUCUCUGGCAGGAUAACUGGUAUUUGGAACGCCCAGAAGAAACUAUUGGGUCGAAGAUUCGUGAAGUGAUUGAAGUCUUUGGUCGGCUCGUACUUCAAUUCACUCUCUUCGUCCCCAUAUCUCUGCUGACCACUCUGGAGAUCGUUAAGAUCGUACAGGGUUAUAUCAUUUCUCGAGAUAGACAGAUGGUUUAUGGCGAUGUGAAGGCGUCAACCAACUCCGCUGGAACGGCUGACGAUCUGGGAUGCGUCACCCAUGUGUUUUCGGAUAAGACCGGCACGCUUACUGAGAACUGCAUGCUCAUCAACACGAUCGGUAUCAUGGGUGACUUGAAUCGUCAGUUUGGCCCGAACCCCUAUCCUUUGCGACCUUCUGAUACACACGUGAGCCACAGCUUCCCCUCAAGGGGCAUCAAGGCUGUGUCGGCUGGUAAAGAUGAGCCUAAUCUGAGGCGGUCUCUACUCGUUCUGGGGCUCUGUCAUUCUGUACUUCGGCAGCAACGGGACGAGUCUGAAUCGGAGGCUGACACACGUCAGAGCUCUGUGGUGGCGGGUAAGCUUGAUACUGUGUCCUUGACUGAAACUACUGGUGGCUCUUCCUCGAGCUGCUGCGGAGGGGCGAUAGAUGAUCCCAAGCCUGGUGAUGAUAGCGAGGAUCUCUAUGAUGCAUCGUCUCCGGAUGAGAUGGCGCUGGUGGCGGCAGCACGCGAACUCGGCUUCGAGUUUUGGGGGAGACCAAGUGCCCAUAAAGUUGUCAUGAAGUUUACGGACGAUUGGGCUAAGAACCUCAUUGGUCGUGACGGUGGUGCUACUGUUGACACUGACUUUAUUACCUAUGAUGUUCUGGAGGUCCUCGAGUUCGACAAUGUACGCAAGCGCAUGAGUGUCAUGGUCCGCAGUCCUACUACUGGCAAGGUCAUGCUUCUCGUGAAGGGAGCUGAUUCUACUAUGUUGGAGGUUGCUACUCCUGAGACUGAUUCUAAUGGUUUAACUGCUUAUCUUUUGGGCCUUGCUACUCAGGGUCUUCGGACUCUGGUUUUGGGCAUUCGUGACUUGACUGAUUUCCCCCUUGAUAGUUGGCGCGAACGCUACGGUAAGGCGCGUGCAACGGGAGAUGCGGAUGCUCUCGAGGAACUGAUCGCCGACGCUGAGAUGGGCAUCACUAUUGUUGGUGCUACUGGUAUUGAAGAUAAACUACAGGAUCAUGUUCCUGAGACUAUUUCUGAUAUCCGUGCUGCUGGUGUGAACAUGUGGAUCCUCACUGGUGACAAGGUGGAGACAGCCAUCAACAUUGGACGGUCAAGCAAUCUGAUAGCGCACGAUGGGGAGAACUUUGUGAUCCAGGACCCCGACAUGGACGAGAAGGACAUUCUGGAGAAGCUUCAGGACAUCUCUGAUAGGGGAGCACCCCCUCGAACGGUGUCAUUGACUAUUUUGGGCGAUUGUCUCACGACGAUCCUCAAGGAUGAUGAUCUCCGUGAGCAGUUCUUCUCGGUUGGUUUGACCAAGUGUGGCACAGUUAUUGCUUGUCGGGUUUCCCCGGCCCAGAAGGCGGAUGUGGUGGCGUGGGCCCAGAAGUACCACAAGAGUGGUACGAUGCUUGCUAUUGGUGAUGGUGCCAACGAUGUGGGAAUGAUCGUCACUGCCGACGUUGGUGUCGGAGUUUCCGGUCGAGAGGGAGCUCAAGCGCCAGAUCCUCUCGCCACUGGUGCUCAGUAUCCUUGCCACAUUUGUAUCUGA